GAAGAAUUGCAGAUGUCGGUCUGCGGGAGGGAGAGACGCUUACUGCAGCAGUUCGUUCGCCAUGCCUGUUUUCCAGACGGCACGCGUAUGGCUUUGUGCUGCUGAGAGCCGACGGAUCGGUGGUGAACUGGUCCAAAGAGUUUGGCCUGGACACACGGCAGACCGAUCUGGAUGACUUGGAGGCCGUUGAGGUCCAAGCCACGGCGGGUGCCAUCGCUGUGCUUUGGGCCGACGGCCGCGUGGUCAGCUGGGGUGACGCUUUGCAGCACUGA